GAAUCGGACUUUCCAGCACGAGUUGGGCAUUUUACUCACGCUGCUGUGUAUCGCUGGGGAGGUGUUGGGUGUCACUUCUUCAAACUCAGUUCGCUUCACACAAAGCCGCGAGCGGUUUACCAGAGCUCGUUUACUCGGAACUCUACAUGAUUUUCGAUAACUCGCACCUCGUGGCGCAAGGAAGUAUUAAGAAGGAGAAGACGCAGAAACCGAGGAACGGUCAACGCCGAAUGAGUAAAACAAGGAAGAAGAAUAUCGGUCCGUUGACUGUUUGUUGACACUCGUGAGGAGUUGUCGGGAUCUCCCGAGCCCAGCCAUGGAAGAAGUGAGACGGAGAUUUCUUUCCUGACGCUGCGGUCUUCAAAAAUGGACACGAUGUCGCUGGCCUCCGCCGCGGUCGUGUGGGAAUGGCUCAACGAGCACGGGCGCUGGCGGCCGUACAGCCCGGCCGUGUCUCACCACAUAGAGGCGGUGAUAAGAAGCGAUCCCCGCGGCGGCAGUGUCGUGUUAGGCCGAGCUGACAGCCGCCUAUCGCCCUACAUCAUCGAUCUGCACUCCAUGCAUCAGUUCAGACAGGAUACCGGUACGUUAAGACCAGUGCGACGCAGUUUCUAUGACCCCACCUCAGCCCCAGGCCAAGGUUGGAUAUGGGAGUGGGAAAAUGACGCAGGUUCCUGGACAACCUAUGACAUGGAGGUGAUCAUUGCCUUGCAAGCGGCAUGGGACCGACAGCAACCCUGGCUAGACCUGACAUCGAUCGGCUUUUGCUACUUCGUGGACUUCCAGACCAUGACCCAGAUUAACAGACAAACGCAGCGGCAGCGGCGCAUCCAGAGGCGCUCAGACAUGGUUUACCCACUAGUCUCUGGGUCGCUGCCUAAAACCUCACAGGCUUGGGGUACAGGCUCAGGGUCUGGAGGCAUUGCUAAGGGACUAGCAUCAGGUGGGGGCUCGACCGGGGCACUUCUCGGGGUAGGUGUAUCUGGAUCUACCUUGAGUAGAAAAGGAAGUUCUGUUUACCCAAAUGGGGCGCUUUCGGUAUCAUCUCUCGCUCCUCCUGGACAGCCAUGUGCCUGCCAGCAGUGCAUUCUGGUGUUGAGUGUUAAGGCAAAUGGCACCUCAACACAGACACUGGGACGUGCAACAAAGCCAAACAGUCCUAAAUCCAAUUUUGGGACACUUCCAUCCUCCUCUGCUUCCAUGUCUGUUUUAAACUCUUAUUCUCAUACACUACCGCAUGGCACGUCUUUAAAGUGCUCGCAAACGGAAGAAGCCAAGAAAUCUGCUUUUGAACAGUCAUUGUCUCUUCUCACAUCGGACACUGCCAAUCUCUCAGUCUCCUCCAGCCGUCCGACACCUCCCACUCUGCCAUCGCCGAAUAAGCAGCCUUCAUCCGCCCCAAGCUCUUCGUCUUCUGCAACAUUUGUGCCAACUGCCAUGCUCAUUAAUACAUCAACCGGUCCCUCAUCAUCCACAGAUUUGACAUCAUCUUCAACAUCGUUGCCUUCUCAACGCUCUGCCGCCUGUGCUGCCCCUCUGCCAACUCGUGCCAGUCUGACAGGGCUUAGUCGGCCUGCUUUGCAGAAAAUUGCCAUGGCACAGUCACGGGCCCUUAUUGCCUCUGGGGUACCCACAGUACCAGUGAAGAAUCUUAACGGCUCCAGCCCUAUCCACCCGGCUUUAGCUGGUAUUACGGGUAUUCUGAUGAGCGCAGCAGGACUACCUGUAUGUUUGACCCGUCCACCAAAACUAGUCCUGCAUCCCCCACCUGUCAGCAAGAGUGACAUAAGACCAAUUCCUGGCAUUGGGAACUGUUGCCGCAAGACCACCAAAAAACAAGCACGCAAAGGUAGAACACCUGAGGAAGUGGUAAAAAGGUACUUACAGAAGGUCAGGAAUCCCCCAGAAGAAGAUUGUACUAUCUGUAUGGAGGCUCUGGGGGGGCCCUCGGGGUAUAAGGGUCCAGGUGUAGCAAGUGUUUCUCGUGCUGAGUCGGUUGGAAGACUGGCAGAGUGUGGACAUCUUUAUCACCUGCAGUGCCUAGUGGCCAUGUACAACAAUGGCAACAAAGACGGUAGCCUGCAGUGUCCCACAUGCAAGACAAUAUAUGGAGUAAAGACAGGCAACCAGCCCCCCGGUAAGAUGGAGUACCAUGUCAUCCCGCACUCACUUCCAGGACACCCAGACUGCAAAACCAUUCGCAUCAUCUACAACAUACCCCCCGGGAUACAGGGUCCUGAGCAUCCAGAUCCAGGGAAGCCUUUUACUUCAAGAGGAUUUCCACGUCACUGCUAUCUUCCAGACAAUGAAAAAGGACGCAAGGCGUUAAGGCUGUUAUUGGUGGCGUGGGAUCGAAGGCUGAUCUUCUCAGUGGGCACCUCCAGCACCACAGGAGAAUCAGACACUGUCAUCUGGAAUGAGAUCCAUCACAAGACAGAAUUUGGCUCCAAUCUAACUGGACAUGGCUAUCCAGAUUCUGGCUAUACUGACAAUGUGGUAGAGGAGCUCAAAGCCCAGGGCAUCACUGAAGAUGAGGAACAGCAACUGUGAAGAGGACAGGAUGUGCUCGAUGGCAGUGGGGAAAAAAAAAAGAUAAUGCUACUAGAUCUCUAUUUCUAGGAGUGCAACUGAGUUCAGAGAUAUGUGUGAAUUCAUAUGACUCUUGAUAUAUAACAAUGUGACCAAUCGGUACGAAUAAGUAUCCUGACCUCAACGCAAAUUAGGGCACAGAAUAACGAAACUAACGCGAGAACGAUAUUUGGUUAAAGGUGAAAGAUGGGUUUGAAAGAAGAAGGAAAAGGAAAGUGUGAAAAGCAAGAAUGGGAGGUGGAGGGGACUUGAGAUAGAAAAAUGUGGGAAUAGGAAGACUAAGAAAAUGCAGGUUAUUAAAGCAGAGACGUGUUUUAUCUGCUUGAGCGACGUUGCCGUGAGAGUUUGUGUAAGUUGUGUUAAACAGUUGUGUGAGUGUAUUUAGUCAACUCCGGUACCUCCUAACUGGAUUUCUGUUUUUUCAGUUUACUAGAAUUCUGAAGUAUAGUUUAGUGCAAAUGAAUGCUUGUAUUAUAAUUUGUAUUAUCAUACAACGUCACUCCUUUUUUUGUGUAUUGAGAAUUUAUACUAUUUUUGUACGGAUGAUAACAUGCGCAUACGAUUCAGAGUUUUGAUUAAUCCAAAAAUAAGCAGCAAUUUUUUUUUUUAAACCUUGAAUUCAUUUAUGCUGGUUUAUAGGAAGCAUGAUAAAACUAACUGUUCUUCCUCAGAUAAAAUACGACUUAAAAGUUGUCUCUAAUGCAUCUAACAGUUAUAGAUUGUACAAGAUCACAUUUUCACGGUACAGGAAACCAAUUUAGUGGUUUUAGAUAGGAAGUGCUGCUUUACUUCACAUUCAGCAUUAAGUAUGCUGAUCUUUAUUAAAAGCAUUUAUAAGCAAAUGAAUUUAGACGAGAGAAGGAAUAGAAAGCACUUCGUUGCUAGAAAGAUGGGUAGUUUAUUGAUCCCUGAAGGUCAGUUUAGUAAUAGUUUGCCAAAAUGAAUUUUGCAAACUGUUAUAGCUCUUCAGCUGUUCUUUACUGUCCUUAUAUCUCGUUUUAGGCCAGUCUGUAUGUUAGGUCAGUUAUUGACCUGUUUUAUAACGAUCCACGUUUAAGAACAUGCCGUUGUUUGUGUAUGUUUGCAUGUGUGAGCCCGUGCAACAUGUGUACGUUUGCAUUUGUGCUUGAUUAAAUGUAAGAGUGUAUGCUGUGCAUCCACAACACAGAGGUACGGUGUUACUCAUCUGCAUAAUUGUCUUCAUGCAUUUAUUUUGUAUUUCUCUUUUUUUAUUAUUGUUUUUUUGUAUUUUCCUAGUUUACUGUAUUUUAAGAAUGUUUCAUGCUGAGAAAUGUUAUACGUAGUUAAUUUUUUUUUUUCUGUCUAUACAACAAAUGCUAUUUUUGUUCAUAAGAAGUUGGGGUGGGGAUAGCUUUGACCAACUGCAUUAUGUAGAGGUUUGCAAUCUGUUAAGCAUUAAGAUAAAAUGAUCAAAUAAAAAUUUGUAAUUUUGUGAGGGGGAAACUUUUUGAUAAGCGGAGAAUCGAGCAUGAUGGUACCUGUAUAUGAAAAUGAAAAAUAAAAGAAUAAGCGAAAUCAAA